AUGGACCCUAUUGAUGUUGAUGUGUUGGAUGGUGAAAAUUUCACCGCGGAUACAGCAAAGGACAAAGCUGAUAAAGAGAAAAUGGACAAGGAGAAACAGGACAAAGAAAAGGCUGACAGAGAUAAAGCAGAGAAUGAGAAAAAGAAACAAGAGGAGGAAAAGAGAAAACAGGAAAAGAAGAUGAAACAAAUAGAAGAGGAGAAAAAGAAGAGAAAAAUAUUUGAUGUUGUUGUGAAGAGAUUCCCCAACAAAGAGAAGGAGCGUGAGAGCCUGGUGAAAGCUAACAAGACCCACGUUGAGUUGAAGAAGAUUAAGGCCAUAUGGAGGGGGCUUUUGAAGUUGUUGUCUUCGUUGAAUGCUAGCAUUGUUGAUUUUAAGGAGAAUCCCCAUGUUAAUCCAAUUUUACACCAAGAUUUAAUCUCUCUUAUAUUUGAGCAUUUGAAAGCUAGGGCUUCUGAAAACCCUAGCAAGCCCUCUCCCAUUGUUGCUGAAGAGAUUGAUGAUAGUGAGGAUUCGGAAAUGGAAGGAUGGGAGACUGACGGUAAUGAUGGGGAUUUUGUCCCUCACACUAGAAAAAAGACUAAAACUAGGCUUAAGGUGGUUUCUUCGGGUGUUAGUAAGGGGUCUAUUGAUGUUGGUGGUGAGGGUUCGAGCAAAUGUCCCAAGGGUAAAACUCAAAAGGACACUUUGAAGGUUUCGGACAGCUUUGACGGUCAGGAUUCCCUAAACCAAACUCACAAUGUUGAGGCAUCCUCUUGUUCCCAUUGCUCUGAAAAUAAUUCCCAAGAAUCGACGGAUUUUACCCCAUGA